AGUCCCAUCCUCAAGAUGAUCCCUCAUAUGGCUCUGUGCAAAUUCUUUCCCCUGGUCCUUGUCGGGGUUGUGGUGUUUGCGGUGAGCGGGAUAAUUGGAGAUCCUCUGUAUGACUGCCUCCAAGACCCAGACUACGGUGAGCUUCUCAACAUUGUGGACAAAGGUCUUCCUGCUGCAAAGACACCCCGUCACGUAGCAAUCAUUGGUGGGGGCAUCGCCGGACUGACCGCUGCAAAGUUUCUAGAAGAUGCCGGCCAUAAAGUGACCAUAAUAGAGGCCAGUAACCGCAUUGGAGGACGUGUGGAGACCUACAGGGACAAAAAAGAGGGCUGGUAUGCAGAAAUGGGAGCCAUGAGGAUCCCCAGCUUUCAUAAAAUUCUGCUUUCCAUGGUCUCCAAAUUACAGCUUUCCUUGAACCCCUUCAUCGAAGAUGACAUCAACACCUACUAUUUGGUUAAUGAAGUGCUGCACAAAACCUACGCUGUGGAAAACAACCCUGAUGUGCUCAACUACACCUUGAAUAACAGGGAGCGAGGGAGAUCAGCUGCUGAGCUUUUCAAUCUGGCUCUGUGGAAGGUGAGGGAUGACCUUAAGAAGAGUGGCUGUAGCGCCAUGUUGGAUAAAUAUGAUUCCUACACAGUGAAGGAAUAUCUGGUAAAAGAGGGCAACCUGAGUCGAGGUGCCUUGAGGAUGAUUGGGGACAUCCUGAAUGAAAACAGCCUCUUCUACACAUCACUGAGAGAGAUGUUGUACAUACAGUCAGACAUCAAUGACGACACUAAGUACUUUGAAAUUACAGAUGGCUUUGACCACCUCCCGAGGACUUUCUACCAGCUGUUAAACGCCACCAUCCUUCUCAAAUCAAAGGUCAAACUCAUCAACCAAACAGGCAACAGCAAUGUAACCGUAACGUACCAGGACUGGCGUAAUCCAGGCUCCCUGACCAACCUUACAGUGGACCAUGCCCUGGUUACAUCCACGGCCAAGGCGACCGUCUUCAUUGACUUCCAGCCCCGUCUCUCUGGGGACAAGAUGGAAGCCCUUCGCUCAGUCCAUUACGCCAGCUCCACCAAGGUGGUACUCAGCUUCAAGGAGCGCUUCUGGGAGAAAGAGGGCAUCAAGGGAGGGAAGAGUAUCACAGACAGGCCCUCUCGCUUCAUCUACUACCCAAGCCACAGCUUCCCUGGGACAGACGCAGGGGCCCUCCUGGCAUCGUACACCUGCUCCGACGACUCCACCCUCUUCCAAGGGAUAAGCGAGGAGGAGCUGAUGGCUGUGGUCCUGGAAGACUUGGUGAAGAUCCACGGAGAGAAGAUCAGGUCUCAGCAUACAGGGGGAAUGGUGAAGAAGUGGGGAUUGGAUCCUUACAGUCUGGGAGCCUUCGCACUGUUCACACCCUACCAGGCUAACUACGCCAGAGAACUGUUCCAGAGUGAGGGACGGGUGCACUUUGCAGGAGAACACACAGCCAUACCUCACGGGUGGAUUGAAACUGCCAUGAAAUCUGCCAUCAGGGCAGCUAGAAAAUAUAAAUAG